GCCAAUAGUCGCAGGUCGAGAAUGAAAACAUUAGCCGUCCGCCAUAUUGAUUGUGAUCCAUCUGUUCGUUCGGUUCGUUCGGUCUUUUUCAUAGAGCAGCCAUGGGUGGAAAGCACUUUGGAGAGCUGUACAAGGUCAGAGGACUGAUCACGUACAAAAUUUCACCUUUCGAGCAGAGGGCCUUCGCCGGGUUCAUCAGCCACGGCAUUGCAAACACCAUCAGGAGGUUUAGAGGACAGGCCCUUAGAGUUAUUCCUCCCUUCAUUGCCACCUAUUUGAUCUACGACUCUGUGGAAAAGCAACACCACCACAUGCUCCGCAAGAACCCUGCUGACUAUGAAAAUGACAAGUAGAUUUUCCGUUGAACCAACUGUUAAAUGAUUUAGUAACGAGACCAUGUUGUUAAUGUAAAUAAAUAUGUCAAAACCCUA